GGGGGGAACAGCCUGUGUGGGUGUGUAUGCCCGAAGGCGGCUAUCCCAGCGCCACCUUCAUAGGCCGGAUAGAGUUUAGAUCCAUUCAGUCCCCGAAUCGGUAGACUCUCAUUACGCGCCUGCAGAGUGCCGGGCUAUGCCCUGAGGUACUUUCGACAGUAAAGAAGCAGCGAGUCAGGGCUGAGGGUGAAUUGGCAGAGGAGAAACUUGCAGCCAUCUAAGCCCGGAGGCCCGAGGUGGAGGACGUCAUUUCCCAGAAUGCCUGGAGUCUGACGUCACACAAAUCUUGGCCCCGCCUCUCCUGACACCCCGAGGCAUUCUAGGAAUCUUGUGGGGAGUCUGAGCUUCUGGAGGGAUCACAGUUGUGCUUCUUGGACCUUUACUGUGGAAGUGGUGCGGGGGAGGGGACUCAGGGCGCAGGCGCGGACCGAGCUCCCCAUCCUGUCAGGAGGAAGUCUUCCCCCCCCCUCGGGGCUGCCACCCCCUGAAGGACCCCAGGGUGACCCCAGCAGAGAACCCGCAGCCAGAGGAAUGGCCCCCGGGACCCCGAGGCCCCCCUCCCAGGGGUCAAUAACAUUUAAGGAUGUGGCUGUGGACUUCACCCAGGAAGAGUGGUGCCUAUUAGACCAUUCUCAGAAAGCCCUGCACCUAGAGGUCAUGCUGGAGAAUGUGCAGAAUCUACUCUCUGUGGGGCUUCCAGUUCCUAGAGAAAAUUUUAUCUCCUGUUUUCAGCAAGGGAAAGCACCAUAUCUGCUACAGCGAAACGGCCCAAAGAGCUCCAGUCCAGAGGCAGAGAAUAAUUAUGGAGUGAAGGCAUCAUCUACAAAGGUGAGCCCUUUUGUGGAAGGAUCUGGUCCCCAACAAUGCAUGAAUGAGAAUCUUUAUGACUUCCUUUUGAGAGAAAGCUGUGACUCUGCUAUCAAGGUAAAUAAAAAUCUGAAGAGUGACAGUGAAUUUGAUGAAACUGAAGAGAAAUUCAGCCAAUAUUCAGUCCUAACUGAGUAUAUGAAAAUGACCUCAGGAAAUGACUAUUGUCAGGAUAGAGAAUAUAGGAAACGCUUUCGUGAAAAAGGAGGACUUAUUCAGUCACCUGAGAAACCUGAAAAGCCCUUAUAUCAAAGUAAUGUAGGAGGAAUGGCCUUAGGCUAUAGUUCAAACAUCAUAAGACAUUCAAAAAGUAAACAUGUUGAGAUGGUUUCUAUGAAUGAUAAAGGUGGGAGACCUUUCAGUCAGAACUCUCAGCUUGACACACAUCAGCAAAUCCACAGUAGAGAGAAAUCUUAUGAAUGUAAGCACUGUGGAAAGGCUUUUAAAAAGAGGGGAUAUCUUGCUAAGCAUCAGAGCAUCCACACUGGACAGAAACCUUAUGAAUGUAAGCAGUGUGGAAAGGUUUUUAGAGAGAGGAGAUCUCUUGUUAAGCAUCAGAGCAUCCACACUGGAGAGAAACCUUUUGAAUGUAAACAAUGUGGAAAGGCUUUUAGAGAGAGGAGAUCUCUUGAUAAGCAUCAGAGCGUUCACACUGGAGUGAAACCUUAUAAAUGCAAACACUGUGGAAAGACUUUCUCUCAUAGGAGCAAUCUUGCUGCACAUCAGAGCAUCCACAGUGGAGAGAAACCUUAUCAAUGUAAACACUGUGGAAAGGCUUUCACACAGAGGGGUAAUCUUACUUCACAUGAGAGAAUCCACACUGGAGAGAAACCUUAUGAAUGUCAACAGUGUGGAAAGGUUUUCACAUGGAGUGCCUCUCUUGCAGCACAUCAGAGCAUCCACACUGGAGACAAACCUUAUGAUUGUCAACACUGUGGAAAGGCUUUCACACAGAAGUGCUCUCUUAGUAGACAUCAGAAAACUCAUACUAGAAAGAAAACUCUUGAAUGUAAUCAGUAUGGUAAUGCUUUCAUAGAGACGGACCAUCUUACCAGAGCUCAAAGCAUCCAAGCUGUAGACAAACUUUUAUUAUAUAGGGUAACAUCUUGCUUUAUUCUCCAGAAUGCUUCAAAUCGCAUUACUAAUCUUUGAUUGGCUACUUCCUACAGAAAACUGCAAAAGUUCAGUGCCCCUCUGAAGGGAGAUACUAAUUUCUCCUCAUGAAAGUGGAGAAAUCCCUGUCUCCAGCAGCUUUAUAUAUAUGAAUAUGAAUAUACAUCUUCAGUUCACUUUUUUCUAAUGUGGCCAAAAGCUCCCGUUUUUAAAAAGUAUUAUGGAUUAAGUGGUUAGAUUCUGAUUGUUUAAAGGAAAUCAUGAAGUGGAUUGGGUCACGAGGAUUAAAUGGCAGCAGGAAAAACACAAUAAAGUCAAGAAAUCAGGAGACACUGGUCAUGGCAGAUGUCCCCUGUACUGCACCCUCAAGUUCCCCUCUGGGAGGCUCAGGAAAAAUAGAGAGCCAUAGUUGGUUCCUGAAAUGAGGUGUGAUGGUUAGUGGGAGGAGAAAGUGUUUGAUAAACUGAGGGAAGAGCAGAUUUCAUUCACUUCUCUUUUAGUUUUGUUGCUUAUUGCUUGUAAGACUUUUCCUGUAAGCAUGGCUAGGGAUCCCUAAUGGCAUAAUAACAAACCAAAUGGAGCAGCGAGGACAGUAGUUUCUAUAUCUUUCCCUUUUCCCCAUUUUUUGGAGGCCCUAAGUCACAAGAGGCAGCCAGGAGGUGACUGUUCACAGGCCACUCUGACAUUCUCAGUAUGGACUUUUCUCCCUAGUACCACCCCUAGUCUUGGGAGACUCUGCUUUCUUUCUUAGGAUCCCACAAGCCAGUGCACCCGCCACCCACUGGUUAAUAGUAAAAAUGCAGGCAAUUUAAAAAUAAAGUAAAGUAAAAUUAUGAAAUUAAAUAUAAUUAAAGAAAAAUUACAGUGUUACUGCCUUUUAAAAUAAACUUAAAGGAAGUAGCAUCCACAUUUUUUAUUUUUAAUCAUUUAAUCAUUGUAUUCAAAAUGGUUUGGAGUUCUUUCAUUAUUUGAUUUUGUAUAGUUUACUGCAUUGGAACUGCAUUGGCAAGCUUUCCAUCUCUUUUAUGUAGCUUGCCGUCAUCGCCAUUUAUUAUUUUUACACCAUACUUGCUCCAACAGCCAUAUCUCUAAAGCCAGCCCCAUCCCCAAGUUGGUGUUUCUCUUCCAUAGCAGCAGCAGCCUUAGCAGGAGCCCCAAACAGGUAGGGAAUAAAGACUAGGGAUUUUUCUUAAUUAGGGGAACAAAAAGAGUAGCUUCUGACCAGAUAAUCCACUAAUAACCCCCCAUUGUGGGGAAUAUUACUGUGAAGCAUUGUGUAAAUUACUAAGUGAUUUGGAUGAACCAGGAUUUCCCAAGGAGCAUGGCAUGUCCAGAAAGGAGAAAAAGAUGGGUGUUUGAAGCCUGGACACUAAAGUCUUUUACCUGGCUCCACUCUGGCUCUUUUGACUUUAAAUUCUAAAAAAUUGAAAUCAGCCAUUGACAGCAAGGAUUUCAGAGAAUAUUCCAACUCUUGACUCUGGGCAUAUCAUCUUGAUGAUUCAACCAAGACAGUAUUACCACUAACCUGUCAGUUAAAUCUGAGAAGAUUGACCCCCAGCUACUUCCCAGCUCACCUGCCAUGAGGCUACUCCUUGUCUUGAUCCAGGCCAUUGUGACUCCUUCUGCACCUUCUCCUAAUGUGCUGCUCUCACCUCCCAGCCCACCUUUGGUAGCAUCUCUCUGUCCUCCAUCACUGGCUAACUUGUGCCCUAUCUCUACCUUGCCCAGUUUUCCCUCCCACUGCCCAGCCUCCCCAUGUUCUCCCCUUGCCCAGCUUUUCCCCCUCCUUCUCUCUCCCCUGCCCAACCCUUCCUUCACCUGGACUUCUCUCACUACCCUCCUCUCCCUUCCCCCACCACACCCCGACAUUGUGCUCAGUUUCUACCCAAACAAGGAGCCAAGUGCCAGGAACCACAGACAUGUCCAGGAUGGUCCUUUUCCCCCCUCACGGAUGUUCUCACUUAUGACAGAGGAGAGAUUUAGUCAAUAUUAGACAUCAAACACUUUUUUCUCCACAAGAUAUUGAGAGAUUCAUUGAGGAAACUCCUGCCUAUGGUGCUGAUUAAAAAGUUUGAAAGUCUAUUUAGCACAUAUAACCCAAGUUGGGCAGACAUUACAGAAUUGCCUCAUGCUCUGUUAAUGGAAGAGGAGAGGAACAUGGUCCUUUCCAUGAUGAACAGAUCCAAAACAUCUCCCCAAACCAUGAAUUAUCCCAUUUUUGUUAGACUAAAAAGUUGGCAGACUGAGGUAAUUAGACCUAACAUCUUGGUUUAUUUGUGCUUGUUUUGUUUUCUACACCCUCAUCUUCCAUUUUAGAAUCAAUUCUGUAUAGUGAUUGCAAGGGAGAAGAAUGAGGGUUAGACAAUGGGAUUUCAAUAUCUUGCCCAGGAUGACCCGCUAGGAAGUGUCUGAGGGCAGAUUUGAAUGCAGGACCUCCCACCUGUAAGCCAGAGUCAAACCCCUGAGCCUCCUAACUGCCUUCCUAAUACCUUUUCCAUUCCAAAUAGAAGGGGUGCUAGUUGUCACAGAGCAUUCUGAAAUUUGUAUUCAGAAUUUCCAAUUAUUAAGAUUUCUCUGUGUCUCUCUCUUCUCCCUCCCCCCUUAAUCUCUCGUCUUUAUCUCUGUCUCUUGUUUUUCUCUCUCUCUUCAUCUCUCUUUUUCUGCCUCUUGUCUUUAUCCCUUUCUCUGUCUCUUGUCUUUCUGUUUUUGUCUCUCUUCCUCCUUCCCUCCCCCCACCAUGGGUUUUCGCCAGAGGGCAAAAUAUUUUUUCAAGUUAAUCAAACCUGCAUGGACAAGUGUCCAGGGAAGUGCUGCCCAUUCCCUUGGCUCCCUGAGACUCUGCAGUGCUCCCUAGUGUCCACAUCUCCCCAAUCACUGGAUGGAGGGAUAAGGGGGGAAAGCCUAUGACAGAACCCUGGUUGGCCAUUGGGACAGGGUUGCAUGGAGUAAAAGAGCCUGAGGACUGGUCUCACAAGUACUUAGAAAACUAGGAGAGAGCACCAUGGAGGAGAUGGUGAACAAUAGGGUCAGGGGCUACCAAGAGGUCAAGAGUGACAUGAUGGCUUGCUUUGGGGAUAUGGCUCUUUAACUGGCCCUGGGAACUCGAAUUCAUUUAAUCCUCAGGGUUUCAGUUUCCUCUUCUCUAUACUUAAUGGAGUAGAGUAAUCUCCAAGAUCCUAUCCACCUCUACAUUCCCGUGUCCUUUGUGGUUCCCAGACAGAAAAACACUAUCCUAGAUUUGACCUGACCAGGAAAGAAUAACACGAGUUCUUCACCUCUCUGAUACUAAUUGUUGUCCAGUCACUUCAGUCCUGUCUGACUCUUUGUGACCUCAUUUGGGUUUUUUCCUUUUUGAGAAAAAUAAUGGAUUGGUUUGUCAUUUCCUUCUCUAGCAGAUUUUACAGAUGUGAAAACUGAGGCUGCCUAGUUAGUCAUUAAGCUUCUACUAAUACAGCUUUGAAAAACAUUGUUUGGCCUUUCAUUUUCAUUUGAAUCCAAUGUAAUUAUUUUUCUGAGCUUGAAUUUAUUUUGGGGGAAGAUUUAUAUGGGGUACAUCCUUUAAUCCUCACUAAUAUCAUCUUAUUAGAUUCACCUUAACCUACCCUGCAAAAGUCCAUUCAUCCUGCUAAAAAUGGAUAAACCCUUUCACAAUCGAUUAACCCUCCAGGCUGUCAUAGCCCCUUCUGGAUAUCCCACUUACUUUAGCUUCAGUUGUGGAUAUCAGAAGAAUCCAAUGAUCUAAGUUAGGUCAAGAACUAGAAGCAAUCUUAAUGGCCAGAUAUUCCAAGCCCUUCAUUUUCCAAAUGGGGAAACUGAGGUCCAUAAAGGAAUAAUAAAAGCUAGUAUAUCUCUGGCUCUGCAAGUUUUUCCUGGUUCUAUCAUACUACAUUCUAAAAUAUCAAGUUAGGGGAAAAGAAUCAAUUUAAUCAGUCAGUCGUUGAACAAACACAUGUAAACAGAUCUCCAAAUUGUAGAGUUAAUUUGCUACGGCCCACUAAAAUAAGAAAAAGAGUCUGACUUCAGCCAAGAGUACAGUUCUGUUGUAAUCUUUACAAAAGCUGAGAAGAUCCGUUCUUUAAAUCACCAGACAUUAAGUAGGCCCUUUGUGCUUUUUUUCAGUUUUUUAUUUUUUCCAGAUUACAUAUUAGUACAAUAUUUCAAUAACCUGGUUCUUCAAUGAUACUUCUGUCACCCAGUGAAUUGCUUGUCAGCUCUGGGAGGGGAGAAGGAUGAGGGAUGGGAAAGAUCAUGUAUAAGGUAACCAUGGAAAAAUAUUCUAAAUAAAUCAAUAAAAUUUUAAAAAUAAAGUAAUAAUAAAAAUGAUCCUGUUUUCA